CCCUUCGUCUGCAACUGCGCUCUCCCCCAGACAAUUGCAUUCGAGGUUCACGGUCUUGAAGGCAUUCUUCAGCAAUCAUGAACUUCAGAAACCUUUUCUUGUCCUUCUUCCUGGUCCUGGUGGCUGGGUUCGCCCUCGUCCACGCCGAAGAGGCUAAGCCUCGGGGUCCGAAGAUCACCAAUAAGGUGUACUUUGAUAUCGAGCACGGCGACAAGCCCCUCGGCAGAAUUGUUAUCGGUCUGUACGGCAAGACUGUCCCCAGGACCGCUGAGAACUUCCGCGCUCUGGCUACUGGUGAGAAGGGCUUCGGUUAUGAGGGAUCUACUUUCCACCGUGUCAUCAAGGACUUCAUGAUCCAGGGUGGUGACUUCACUCGUGGCGAUGGUACCGGAGGCAAGUCCAUCUACGGCGAGAAGUUCGAGGACGAGAACUUCAAGCUUAGGCACACUCGCCCCGGUCUUUUGAGCAUGGCCAACGCCGGCAAGGACACCAAUGGAUCCCAGUUCUUCAUCACCACUGUUGUUACUUCUUGGCUCGAUGGCCGCCACGUUGUCUUCGGCGAGGUGCUCGAGGGUUACGAGAUCGUCCAACAGAUUGAGAACGUGCCCAAGGGCCGCGGUGACAAGCCCUCGGAGACGGUCAAGAUCGUGAAGAGCGGCGAGCUGCCGUCGGAGGAGAAGGCUGAAGAGAAAGGUAGCAGCCACGAGGAGUUGUAGACUGGCCUUCCUGCGGUCUGCGCUUGCUUCUAGAAGAGUAAAGUCUGCGAUGUGCUGAUAUUUGCUGUAUCAAAGAAGAAUUGAUCUCGGAAACCCCGGUACAACCUUCAGCAAUCCCUGUGGCUCCCUCUUCAAUGGCCUCACCCAUCACUUCUGACAGCUAUCCCUACAUCUUCCCGAAGAUUGCAGCCCUCGUCCUUGUUGUUGGUCUGCUUCUGGUGUUGAUUCGACGCAGCACCCCGGGACAGCAAGAGAAGGCUGAAAGAAGUGUUGUCUAGGGAGGAUGUCCUCCAAUGCAGCAACAGACCCUUACUUUAUAGCUUGCAAUCAUGAGUUACUGGCCUGUUGCAACCAGGGUUGGUUUCCGGUACACUUGAUACGUCGUAGGAGUCGCUAGCUCAUAGCUCAUAGUUCAUAC